AUGGCGCAGAAAGGAGCUCAGCUGGACCAGCAGACCAUCUCUUGUUCGAUCUGUCUGGAUCCACUGAAGGAUCCGGUGAGUCUUACCUGUGGACACAGCUACUGCAUGGAGUGUAUUAACAGCCACUGGGAUGGAGAGGAUCAGAAACUGGUCUACAGCUGCCCUCAGUGCAGGAAGACCUUCACAUCGAGGCCCAACCUGGAGAAAAACACCAUGUUAGCAGAAUUAGUGGAGCAGCUGAAGAAGAGUGGCCUCCAAGCUGCUCCUUCUGACCACUGCUAUGCAGGACCUGAAGAUGUGGCCUGUGAUUUCUGCAGCGGGAGAAAACUGAAAGCCUUCAAGUCCUGUCUGCAGUGUCUGGCCUCGUACUGUCAGCAACACCUCCAGCCUCAUUAUGAAUCACCUACAUUUAAGAAACACAAGCUGGUGGAGCCCUCCGAGAAGCUGCAGGAGAACAUCUGUCCCCGUCACCACGAGGUGAUGAAGAUGUUCUGCAGGACCGAUCGACAGUCUAUCUCUGCAGCAGAAAGGAGCGAGAGGCAGAAAGAGCUCGAGGUGAGUCGACUCAACAUCCAGCAGAGAAUCCAGGACAAAAAGAAAGAUGUGAAGCUGCUUCAACAGGAGCUGGAGGCCAUCAAUCUCUCUGCUGAUAAAGCAGUCGAGGACAGUGAGAAGAUGUUCACUGAGCUGAUCCGUCUCAUGGCGGAAAGAAGCUCUGAGGUGAAGCGGCAGGUCAGAUCCCAGCAGGAAACUGAAGUGAGGGGAGUCAAAGAGGUGGAGGAGAAGCUGCAGCAGGAGAUCAGAGAGCUGGAGAGGAAAGACGCUGAGCUGAAGAAGCUCUCACACACAGAGGAUCACAACCAGUUUCUACACAACUACCCCUCACUGUCAGUACUCAACCCGUCUACAUCCAGCAUCCAGACCCGUCCUCGCCACCACUUUGACCACGUGACAGCAGCCGUGUCACGAGUCAGCGACAUACUGCAGGACAUCCUGAGAGACAAAUGGACAGACGUCUCAAUGACUGAAGUGGAUGUUUUACUGCCGGCAGCAGAGCCAAAGACCAGAGCUGAGCUCUUACAGUAUUCAUGUGAAAUCACUCUGGAUCCAAACACAGCAUACGAUAAGCUGUUAUUAUCUGAUGGGAACAGGAAAGUAACAGUAAUGAGUCAAUGUCAGCCUUAUUAUAAUCAUCCAGACAGAUUCACUGAGUGUCAGGUCCUGAGUAGAGAGAGUAUGACUGGACGUCGUUACUGGGAGAUGGAGUGGAGAGGAGUAGGAGGAGUUUUUGUAGCAGUCUCAUACAAGAACAUCAGCAGAACACUGAGACCAGAGGACCCUAGGUUUGGAUUUAAUAACAAAUCUUGGGCGUUAGACUGUGACAAGGACAAUUAUUACUUCAGGUACAACAAGGUCCUCACUCCCGUCUCAGGUCCUCGGUCCUCCAGAGUGGGAGUGUACCUCGAUCACAGUGCAGGACCAGGAUCCAGCUGUUUCCACAUCAGCCUCAAACACAUCGAGUCGCCGCGGCAAUGA